CCACAGCUCAACUCGCCCAUGAACCCCGUCAGCAGCUCAGAAGACAUUAAACCACCCCUGGGGCUCAAUGGAGUCCUCAAAGUGCCAGCACAUCCCUCAGGAACCAUGGCCUCCUUCACCAAGCACAUAUGUGCCAUCUGCGGGGACAGAUCUUCAGGUAAACAUUACGGGGUUUACAGCUGCGAGGGCUGCAAAGGCUUCUUCAAGCGCACGGUGCGGAAAGACCUCACCUACACCUGCCGCGACAACAAGGACUGCUUGAUCGACAAGCGCCAGCGCAACCGCUGCCAGUACUGCCGCUACCAGAAGUGUCUCGCCAUGGGCAUGAAGCGAGAAGCCGUCCAGGAGGAGAGGCAGCGGGGGAAGGACCGCAACGAGAACGAGGUGGAGUCGACAAGUAGCGCCAACGAGGACAUGCCCGUGGAGAAGAUCUUGGAGGCUGAACUCGCAGUGGAGCCAAAGACGGAGACGUACAUUGAAGCCAACAUGGGCUUGACGCCGAGCUCGCCCAAUGACCCGGUGACGAACAUAUGCCAGGCAGCAGACAAACAGCUCUUCACCCUGGUGGAGUGGGCCAAGAGGAUCCCCCACUUCUCCGAGCUGCCCCUGGACGACCAGGUCAUCUUGCUCAGAGCAGGGUGGAAUGAGCUCCUAAUCGCCUCCUUCUCCCACCGCUCCAUAGCCGUGAAGGACGGGAUCCUCUUAGCCACCGGGCUCCACGUGCACCGGAACAGCGCGCACAGCGCCGGCGUCGGGGCCAUCUUCGACAGAGUACUGACAGAACUCGUGUCAAAAAUGCGAGACAUGCAGAUGGACAAGACAGAGCUAGGCUGCCUGCGAGCCAUUGUCCUCUUCAACCCCGACUCGAAAGGUCUCUCCAACCCGGCUGAAGUGGAGGCGUUGCGGGAGAAGGUGUACGCGUCGCUAGAGGCAUACUGCAAACACAAAUACCCCGACCAGCCCGGGAGGUUUGCAAAGCUCUUGCUCCGUCUCCCAGCCCUCCGGUCCAUCGGCCUGAAAUGCCUGGAGCACCUCUUCUUCUUCAAGCUAAUAGGCGACACACCGAUCGACACCUUCUUGAUGGAAAUGCUGGAAGCGCCCCAUCAAAUGACUUAGAGAACUGCUGCCGGGUCAGUCCCGAGCCCGGCCGGGGGUCUGGCGGGACCCCUUCCUCUGCUUUCCUCCGCCGCCGCCCCAGCCCAUCCCUCCCU